ACCACGUUAAUAGUUCGUUUCGUCAAUAAAAUACUCAAGUUAGUGCAAAACCGACAACGACAAUGUCUAUUUGAACAAAUAAAUUAAUGUGAUUAGAAUACACAAUUAUUAAUUUUUAAGUUAAUUUAAUCUAAUAUUAUUGACAAAACCCACAACAAUGGCGGUGCGACAAAGAAAGAUUGAACAAAAACAUGAUACAAACAAUCAUCAUAGUUUUAAUGCGUCAAAUAUAAGUGGACGCCCUAAGAUACAACGCCAGUUUUUUCUAAUUGUAUUUAUGGUUUUUAUAGUGAUUUUAUAUUUUGGAUAUAGUACAAAAACCCUGCACCCCCUAGUAGACAAUUUUGCACAAAAAUUUGGUAAAACACCCCCUGUGUUUGCUGUCGUGAUAGAUGCUGGAUCUACGGGGAGCAGAGUUUUAGCUUAUAGGUUUCAUAGGGGAUAUUUAGAUGGGAGAUUAAUUUUAGACGAUGAGUUAUUUAAGCAAAGCAAGCCAGGUCUUUCCUCUUUUGCUGAUGACCCAAAAAAGGGAGCACAGACAAUUGAAAAUCUGCUAUUUCUUGCCAAGGAAGUCAUUCCUGAAUCGUAUUACUCAAAAACACCAGUGAUGGUCAGGGCUACAGCAGGAUUGAGAUUAUUGAAACAGGAGCAAGCCGAAAAUAUAUUAAAUGCAGUUCGGGAAGUUAUAAAUAAAUCAGGAUUUUUAGUUUAUGAAGAUGCUGUUGAAAUUAUGGAUGGUACUGAUGAAGGAAUCAUGUCCUGGUUUACUGUGAACUACCUCUUAGGACAUCUUAAUGGGGAUACAGUAGCUGCUUUAGAUUUAGGAGGUGGAUCAAACCAAGUUACCUUUGCUCCGUCUUUGAAUAAUUUAGAAAAAGGUACUUUCGGAUCACAUCUGAUGACAGUACCAUCAUUCAAAGGCAAUAUAACAGUAUUUACUAAUAGUUACUUGGGACUCGGUUUAAAAGCCGCCAGGCAUGCAGUUUUUACGAAAAACAAUGGAGACUCCAAAUCGUUGUCCAGCCCUUGUAUAAAUCCUAUAAUCAAAAACAAACCUUGGGUGUAUGGCAAUGUUGAAUACAGUAUAAGUGGUACUCCGCUAGAAUCAAAGAAAUUAGAAGUAGAUUGGCCAAAAUGCCGCAAAUUAUUAGCAGACACCCUGUUACCUCUAGUCGACCCAAAACCUGUAGGUUUAGAAGUGCAAGAUAUUGCAGCGUUCAGCUAUUUCUUUGAUAGGGCUACCGGGGCUGGAUUGAUAGAUCCAUUUUUGGGCGGUGAAAUAACAGUUGGGGAAUUUGAAAAAACUGCAAAAGCCGUUUGCAAAACCGCAAACACCGACCAGCCCUUCAUGUGUUUCGAUCUAACAUUCAUAUCGGUCUUGCUAAAGGACGGAUUCGGAUUAAAACCGGAAUCGAAUUUAAAAUUAUUAAAAAAGAUCGACAACCACGAAAUUUCCUGGGCUCUGGGAUGCGCAUACAACAUGCUGAACAAACAGUAAAUAGUAAUAGAUUGGGUGGAAAUUUGAAGUGCCUUAAAAUGUACAUAUCAGGGAUAUUUAUGAAACAUUCCAUAAUAUCACAAUUGCAAAAAUAAA